AUGGCUGGAGUAGUAAGACACAAUUUACCAUGCCCUCCUAAUCCGGCAAUUUCAUAUACCAAUUUCCAUGUUGAAACAUCUGUUGAAGUUAUUAGUAAUAGAAUAUUUGUUGGUGGUUUAACUGAAAAUAUUGGAGAAGAUGAUUUGACAGAACUUUUUCAAAGAUAUGGAAAAAUUUUAAAUUCAAAAAUUAUUAGAAAUAGUAAUAAUACAUCUAAAGGGUAUGGAUUUGUUACUUUUGUAGAUGAUGUAUCUGCUACAAAAGUUAAAAAUUUGGCUAAUCAAGACUCGAAUAAAUUCUUUAUAGGUAAUUGUUCACUUGUUAUCAGGGAUGCUCGUAAAAAAGGAUUUGUUAGACAUGUUACUCGUUGUGCUAUUCCAAGUUUUCAUGUUCCUUCACGAAAUGAAAAUUUAAAUCAAGAUAAUUCUCAAAAAACUUAUUGUAGUAAUGAGCAUCAACCAGCACUUCCAUCACUUCCUGCACAAAAUGAUGGAUUAAUUGGAAGUCAAAACGAUUCACCUCAACAGUUUCUAACUCCACCUCCAACACCAACAAAUAUUUCUCCUUCAUUACCUCCAACAUUUAUUCCUUCAUUUGGUUAUUAUCAAUAUCCAUAUCAACAAUACCCCUGUAAUCCAUACUUUCAAGUUGGACCUCAACCUUACCAAGUUUACCAGUAUACACAUGUCUCACAUCCUCAAAAUUUCCAAUACACUCAACAAAAUUUAAAUGUAAGAAAUUACGGAAAUGAAUAUGACAAUGAACAUGGAGAAGUUCCAAUUGUUACAAUUGAAUCAGAUGACGAAGAAAAUAUUUAA